AUGGGCCAAGGUUGGGCUGCUCCAGGACUGCCUAGCCUCUUCCUUCUCCUGCUCUGCUGUGGGCACCCCAUGCUGGUCCCCAGCCAGGAGGCCACCCACCAGGUGACAACCAACCAGGGAACAACCAGCCAGGCAACAACCAGCAGCCAGACAACAACUCGCCAAACAACAACCAGCAGCCAGACAACCCAGAACCCAAGCCUGGUGACCGAUGAGGUGGAGGCUAGAAAGUUUGUGGAGGAAUAUGACCGAAGAUCCCAGGUGAUAUGGAAUGAGUAUGCUGAGGCUAACUGGAACUAUAACACCAACAUCACCACAGAGGCCAGCAAGAUCCUGCUACAGAAGAACAUACAGAUGGCAAACCACACCUUGAAGUUCGGCACCUGGGCCAGGCAGUUUGAUAUGACCAGCUUCCAGAAUGACAGCAUUAAGCGGAUGAUGAAGAAGAUUCAGGACCUAGAGCGGGCAGCACUGCCUGCCAAGGAGCUGGAGGAGUACAACCAGAUCCUGCUGGACAUGGAAACCACUUACAGCGUGGCCUCUGUGUGCCACGCCAAUGGCACUUGUCUGCAGCUGGAGCCUGAUCUGACGAAUCUGAUGGCCACGUCCCGGAAAUAUGAAGAUCUGUUGUGGGCCUGGAAGAGCUGGCGAGACAAGGUGGGGAGAGCAAUCCUCCCCUUUUUCCCCAAAUAUGUGGAACUUGCCAACAAGGCCGCCAAGCUCAAUGGCUACGAAGAUGCAGGUGACUCCUGGAGAGCCAUGUACGAGAUGCCAACCCUGGAACACGACCUGGAGCAGCUCUACCAGGAGCUGCAGCCGCUCUACCUGAACCUGCACGCCUACGUGCGCCGGGCCCUGCACCGCCACUACGGGCCCCAACACAUCAACCUGGAGGGCCCCAUUCCAGCUCACCUGCUGGGGAACAUGUGGGCUCAGACCUGGUCCAACAUCUAUGACUUGGUGGUGCCUUUCCCUUCAGCCCCCAAGAUAGAUGCCACAGAGGCCAUGAUAAAGCAGGGCUGGACACCCAGAAGGAUGUUUGAGGAAGCGGACAAUUUCUUCACCUCCCUGGGGCUGUUGCCUGUGCCCUUUGAGUUCUGGAACAAGUCAAUGCUAGAAAAGCCGACUGACGGGCGGGAAGUAGUGUGCCACGCCUCUGCCUGGGACUUCUACAAUGGCAAGGACUUCAGGAUCAAGCAGUGCACCACUGUGAACAUGGAGGACCUGGUGGUGGCCCAUCAUGAAAUGGGCCACAUACAGUAUUUCAUGCAGUACAAGGACUUGCCUGUGACCUUCCGGGAGGGUGCCAACCCUGGCUUUCACGAGGCCAUUGGAGAUGUGCUGGCCCUCUCAGUGUCUACCCCCAAGCACCUCCACAGUAUCAACCUGCUGAGUAGCGAGGGUGGCGGCUAUGAGCAAGACAUCAAUUUUCUGAUGAAGAUGGCACUCGACAAGAUCGCCUUUGUCCCCUUCAGCUACCUCGUCGACCAGUGGCGCUGGAGGGUAUUUGAUGGAAGCAUCACCAAGGAGAACUACAACCAAGAGUGGUGGAACCUCAGGCUAAAGUACCAGGGCCUCUGCCCCCCAGUGGCCCGGGCUCAAGGGGACUUUGACCCAGGGGCCAAGUUCCACGUUCCUUCAAGUGUGCCUUAUAUCAGGUACUUUGUCGGCUUUGUCAUUCAGUUCCAGUUCCACGAGGCUCUGUGUCAGGCAGCUGGCCACAAGGGCCCCUUGCACACAUGUGACAUCUACCAGUCUAAGGAGGCAGGAAAGCGCCUGGCGGAUGCCAUGAAACUGGGCUUCAGUAAGCCAUGGCCAGAAGCCAUGAAGCUGAUCACAGGCCAGACCAACAUGUCUGCGUCCGCCAUGAUGAACUACUUCAAGCCGCUGCUGGACUGGCUUCUCACUGAAAAUGGGCGGCACGGGGAGAAGCUGGGCUGGCCUCAGUACAACUGGACACCAAACUCUGCUCACUCAGAAGGCCCCGUCCCGGGCAACGGCCGUGUCAACUUCCUGGGCCUGGACCUGGAGGAGCAGCAGGCCCGCGUGGGCCAGUGGGUGCUGCUCUUCCUGGGCGUAACCCUGCUGGUGGCCACCUUGGUCCUCACCCAGCGGCUCUUCAGCAUCCGCCGUCACAGCCUCCACCAGCCCCACCAUGGGCCCCAGUUUGGCUCCGAGGUGGAGCUGAGGCACUCCUGA